ACAAAAGUCUAGGGGCGGAGGGAAACGAUAGAACAUAAUUUGGGUACCAAAAUACACUUUAUCCAUUUAGAUAAACCCACCAGAAAUCCUCCCCAACAUUACAACACAACAUUAAGGAAGAAGAUAUCAGAUAUGGCUUGUGCAACCACCUCGGCUUCUACCACAUGGAACUUGUCUUGUCUGAAAUCAGCACUCCCUACAAUUCACCCAUCUCGAUUCUCUUGUGGGUCCUACCCAUCUCGUCUUAGUAUUUGCAAAACAAAAUGCAGUUCAAGAAUUAUUCAGUCCUUCGUGGGUCUUGCUCCCCUUCAUCCACUCUUGUCCCUUUCUUCCCAAGAUUCAACAAGUUUUGAGCACUCAUUCACCGUGAUUGAUAAUGGUGGCCGGGUUUUUGCAAUGAGGCAUGGCAGGAAGGUGCCCAAACUGAACAGACCUCCUGAUCAGCGUCGUGCACUGCUGAGAGGUCUGACAACUCAGCUCCUCAAGCAUGGGCGUAUAAAGACCACUAAAGCGAGGGCAAGGGCAGUUAGAAAAUAUGCUGACAAAAUGAUCACAAUGGCGAAGGAUGGCUCUCUUCAUAAGAGAAGGCAAGCUCUUGGAUUCAUCUAUGAGAAGCAAAUAGUGCACGCAUUGUUUGCUGAAGUCCCCGAAAGAUAUGGGGAGAGAAACGGAGGAUACACUAGGAUAAUCAGAACUCUACCAAGGCGAGGGGACAAUGCACCAAUGGCGUACAUCGAGCUUGUCUAGUAACUAAAUAUUCAUUUUGGAUGUUCUUUUUUGUUGGUUCUGAAUCCUGAUAUGAACUGGGAGAUUUUGUUAAUUCCAUCAAAUUUUCUUGUCCC